CCCCCGUACCUUCACUUACCCACACCUCCCCCCUCAGAGAAUGAGGAGGUCAAGGAGACCACCCUCCGGGAGCUUAAGAUGCUGCGCACCCUCAAGCAGGAGAACAUCGUGGAGCUGAAGGACGCGUUCCGCAGGAGGGGCAAGCUCUACCUGGUCUUUGAGUAUGUGGAGAAGAACAUGCUGGAGCUGCUGGAGGAGCUGCCCAAUGGUGUGGCACCCGACAAAGUGAGGACCUACAUCUAUCAGCUGACCAAAGCUAUUCACUGGUGCCACAAGAACGACAUCGUCCACAGGGAUAUUAAGCCUGAAAAUCUCCUCAUCAGCUCCACCGACAUUCUUAAGCUGUGCGAUUUUGGCUUUGCGCGCAAUCUAUCGGAGGGCGACAAUGCCAACUACUCAGAGUAUGUGGCCACCAGGUGGUACCGCUCCCCAGAGCUGUUACUGGGGUGAGUACUGUGAGUACUGU